AUGAAUUUCUCGCGUCGCAUGGUGGAUGGUCUCCCAGAUGGUUCAUUGGUAGACCUGGAAGUGACCAGUUUCCAUGGCAAGCGGCUGCAGCUCAGCGUCACCCGUGGCCUCAACGGCUGGCAGCUGCAGCAGCUGAUCCUGCAGAAGCUGUCGCGCCCGGGGCGCCGGCUGUUGCUGCAGCAUGGCGCUGUGCCGUUGAAGUUGCAGGAGACUUUGGAACAGCAAGGUAUCACAGGAUCCACUAACUUGUCGUAUGUUUACGUCCCGGUUGAUUUGUGCGCUUCAUGGAGAGUCCUUCAAGGGGAGCGCACGGAUGAGCUUUCCUUGGAGGGACUGACUCAGCUGGGUGGUGCUGUGAAACUGGACUGGUGCACCGUCACUUUGCCGCAAAGCCUACGCAUUUUGACUUUUGGGAGUGACUUCAAUGAGAGUUUGGAUCAGGUGAAUCUGCCAGUUGGUUUAAAAAACCUGACCUUUGGAUUCUACUUCAAUCAGAGCUUAGCGUCGGCAAAUCUGCCCAGUGGUCUUGAAGACUUGACCUUUGGUGGAAGUUUUAACCAGAGUUUGGAGGGUGUGAGAUUGCCCAGCAGUCUGAAAAGCUUGACUUUGGGUCCCAUGUUCAGCCAUAGCCUACGAGGCGUGUUAUGGCCAAAUACGCUGAAGAGUUUGAUACUUCGCAGUGCAUUCCGGCAAAGCUUGGAUGGGGUGGACCUGCCCCGUGGCUUGAAACAUCUGUUUCUGGGAGGUUCUUUCAAUCACAGUUGGGAGCAGCUGACACUCCCGGAGCUUGAAACGUUGACCUUUGGCGCCGCCUUCAACCAGAGCCUCUGUCAUGUGAAUCUGCCCUCGCUGCAGAGCUGGACUUUCGGGGAUGGAUUCAACCAGCCAUUGGAUAAGAUCGAUUUGAAGAAGCUGUCCAGGCUCCAGACUUUGAGCUUUGGUCAUGCAUUCAACCAGAGCCUUGAUGAUGUCAACCUGCCGAACCACUUGCGGCACUUGAGUCUGGGGGAGGACUUUGGAAGCCUGCAGCGAGUGGUGCUGCCUCCUUCUCUUCAGACUUUGGAGUGCACAGCUCGAAGCGUGGAAGGUGUUCAUCUACCAGGACUCCAAAACCUGAGUUUGUGGGAAGCUUCCAAUUUGGAGCUGGUGAAUCUACCAGCUGGAUUGAAGUCUUUGAGUUUAGAUGGUGAGAUUCUAAGCGGGCUGGAUUUUUUGCCAAGCGGACUGGAAAACUUGACGUUUGGAGAUGACUUCAACCAAAGCUUAGAUGAUAUAAACCUCCCAAGAAGUCUGCUGAAAUUGGCUUUAGGAGACUCUUUCAAUCAGAGUUUGGAUCGAGUUCAGUGGCCCAGUGGCCUGCGGAGUUUGACCUUUGGUUGGACAUUUCAUUCUAGUCUGGAAGAGGUAAAUCUUCCUGAUAGCCUUCACAGCUUGACCUUUGGAUCACAGUUCAACCAGAGUUUGCAGAAGCUGCGUUGGCCGGCGGAGCUGCAAAGCUUGACCUUUGGAUCAUCCUUCAACCGAAGCCUCCGUGCAGUGAAUCUGCCCUCGGAUCUCCGAAGUUUGUCCUUUGGAUGGGACUUCAACCAGAGCUUAGAAGCCACAGUGCUGCCGGAGAGCUUAACGCGUUUGACGUUUGGAUACAACUUUCAACAGAGCUUGGCAAAGGUGAAGCUCCCCAGUGGCCUUGAGGCGUUGACCUUUGAAGGGAACUAUGACAUCAGGCAGUUGGAUCUGAAGCUGAAGGACCUCCGAUAUUUGGUGUCCUCAAAUUGUUUCGUCAGCUCUGUGCUGUGGCUGGGACGUUGCGGGCUACAGGAUCUCAGCGGCAUUGGCCUCAUGGAGGGGCUGAAGGAGUUCUAUCUGCCUUUCAAUGACGUCGCAGAUGUCUCGCAACUGAAGUGGUUGAACUUGCAGGUGCUGGACCUAGAGGGCAAUGCUUUGGCAGAUGCCCAGGACCUCUGGGAGCUGGGCCAAUGUUUGGAGCUUCGGCAUCUGACGCUGCGCGGGUGCCCCGUGGCGCCUUCCGUGAGGUCCAAGGCUUGGCUCCAGCUACGCGAGGAAUUGCGUGCGCAGCUGCCACAUUUGGAAUGCCUGGAUGAUGAGGAUGUGAAUCUGGAGGUCAGCGUUUUUCGGCCGCCGUUUCAUCGCCGUUCCAAGAUGGACCCGGCGAUGGGAGCGAGGUUGUUAGAUCACUACGUCCAAAGUGACUUGGAUCUGUACUUGGACUUCUUCCUGGAGGACGACCUCCUUGACAGACUGCAUGAGGUGCCUUCGCCCAUGCGGCCACGCGGCAGUUUCGCAGAGCCGGAUGAGGAAGAGCUGGUGGUGGAGCGGCUGAAAGCAGCACCCAGAGGUGAGAUUUUGCCGGCGGCCAGUCCAAUCGGAAGCCCCCAGGCGGCUUCUUUUGGUCCUCUGCACCUGCCACCACGCGGCCGUGAGAGCUGCACUGAUGACGGCAGUCUGCUUACGAGAGGGAAGGAUGCCAUGGCUGGCAAUGUGCUGGGUGCCCUGAGGGCACGCCGUGGAGGUGAAUCUGCCGCACUGCUGGACCUGGACAUUCGCGAGUUGUUACUGAUUGCAUCGUUGCUGGCUGUGGCCAGCAGCAAGAGCUGCUUUUUACGCCUGGAGGAACCACUGAAGGAGCCUCCGUUCAGUGAUGCGGAGGAGAAGGGCCUGUGGGAACUUUUUGAAGCGAACAUUAAUGUGAAUGGCACGGGCGCGGUGAUCGCUUCGCCGGGGCCUUGUCCGGCACUGGUGGAAUGCUGCGGUAUCACAACAAAGAUGCCCUACGGGUAUCACUGGACCCGCGAUGCUUCCUUGAGUCUGCUGACCGUAUUGCAGCAGCUCGAGCCACCCAGCUUGCUUACCAACGGCUCGGAUGUUGAACCAGCCUUCCUUCAGAUGAAGCAUCAGCAUCAUAGACUCAGGAGGGAAGUGGUGGAGAAGAGCGUCGCGGCCUUCGCCGAUUGGGUGUCGCGUUCGCAUCAACGCACCGAACCUGCAGGGAACGUGCAGGUCCUUGACGCUUCGGAGGAAGCGUUCUUGGAGCCCAAAUGGACCUUUGAUGGGGAACCUUACAAAGGCGGAUGGUGCCGUCCGCAAACCGAUGGACCCGCUCUGCGAGCACGUUUGAUGAUGCGUGCUGCCACACUCUUCCCGAAAUUGGCCCCGAAAUUGUUGGACCUGGCCAAAAAGGACCUGCAAUGGCUGGUGCUGAACCAUCGCAUGGAAAGCUGCGACUUGUGGGAGGAGACCAGGGAUGAGGACUUUCUGUGGAACCGCGUGGUGCAGCUGGCCGCCUUAACGGAGGGCCACCAACUGGACCUGGAACCCUGGCAGAAGUCCAGGGUGCUGGCCGCCAUCCACGAGAAGGGCGAAGCCCUGACCAACCACCUGGCUGGGGCCGGAGGUGAGCAAUACCUCAGCAACUGCCCAGCCUCCGGCUCUGGCGAUGACUGCCUGAGGUUUAAUAAGACCUUGGAUGGAGUUCUGAUCUUGACCCUCAUCCAUGGACAUCCGAUGGUCGAAACCGAUCUCCUGAAAUUGCCGGGCUUCACUGACAACAUUGUGGCCAACACGGUCAAGGAGCUCAGUAGUUUGUUUUGCGGCAUCUAUCCAGUGAACCACAUGGACACCCAGGAUGGCGUCCCAGGUGUGCUGUACGGGCGCUAUGAGAAAGACAGGUAUGGCCAUAUGAGUCAAGGAAACCCGUGGGUUUUGAUCUCAGCCUCCUUGGCCAAUCUCCUGUACCAGGCGGCGGGAGAUGUGAAGAAAGGCAAGGCCGUGGAUGCAGCUGUGUGUGCCAAGGCUUUCAGCAAUGGAGGCGGUUUCACCGGUUCCGUGAAGGAUUUUGUCGCCGCGGGGGAUUCAGUGCUGCUGCGCAUCAAGCACCACAUGAACGAUGGGCUGCACUUGAGCGAACAGAUUGACAAACUCACGGGGGACCAGUACAAUGCUAGGGACCUGACGUGGAGCUACAGUGAAGUCCUUGAUGCUCUGCAUCAGUUUACUUCACUUGAGGACACCGAUGUUGUGCGCCGCUUCGUGAAGUUUUUGGACCUGCUGUACGACAGGCGCAGGCGGCUGGUCAUCAGCUGCGCCGCCUCGCUGGAGCACCUCUUCCAGGACAUACGACAGGAGGUGAAGGGCGACAUGGGCGAGCUGGCAUGGAGAACAGCCAUGUACUCCGCAGAUGGAAAGGCGGGACUCUCUCCGCAGGCAGUUGGCACUCUGUGUGAGGCCGUACGCGCCAGCGAGCGUGCCGAGUCGCGCUUGCGGGAGAUGCGCACCAGGAGAUACUCGGAAAGCUGCUGCCCUUGACGUGAAA